UCCAAACACAUGUCAAAAGAACUCUUACUAGUAGUUUAUUUUCUCUCUCUACACCCGCCUUUCCCCUUUUAAAUUAAACUCUCUCUUUUCUGAACAGUUUUGAAAUUUCAAUUCUCGUCAUCAACUGAAAAUGCUAGAAGGGCGAGACCCAAUUGAACUUUUUAUGAGUCUUGAUCGGUGGCCUUUGUCACCCAUCGAAGAAGAAGAAGGAGAGGCAUCAUCUGAGAUGUACAUGGUGGGUUUUGUGAUUGUUAAUGUUGUUGGUCUACAGUACUACAAUGGUACUAUCCGUGGUCGUGAAAUGGUUGGACUUCAACGUGAACCACUUAAUCAGUAUGAUUCAAAUGCUAUUAAAGUACUGAAUACUCGUGAAAUUCAAGUUGGACACAUCGAACGCUCCGCCUCUGCCGUUUUAGCACCCCUUCUUGAUGACCAUCUCAUCUCCAUUGACGGAAUUGUUCCAAAGGUGGCUCGUCCAGGAAACAGAUACAAACUUCCCUGUCAAGUUCACAUCUUUGCAAGAUUGGAAGCAUUUGGAAUAGUAAAAUCAGCAAUUACAAAUGGUGGGCUGUAUUUGAUUGGCGAGAGCAAUCCAUCAUUUACACUUUCAGAGGCGGAGGUAGUGAAGGAGAAAAGAAGUACACCAGAAGGGAGGGACAUCGAUGAGAUAUUUAAGCUGUUGGAUGACAAAGUCAGUAAAAAGGAAGAACUGAAGGCAUUAGAGCCACCCAAAAAUAUAAUAAAGUCGAAGCUUCUUCUGCACCAGAAGGAAGGAUUGUGGUGGUUGGUUCAGAGGGAGAAAUCUGAAGAAUUGCCUCCCUUUUGGGAAGAGAAAGAGGGUAAUUAUGUGAAUGUCCUGACAAAUUACUCUACCGAUAAAAGACCUGAACCUAUAAGAGGUGGAAUAUUUGCAGAUGAUAUGGGGUUGGGGAAGACACUUACUCUUCUUUCUUUGAUUGCUUUCGAUAAAUGUGGUGGUGUUCUUUCUUCUUCAAUCAAAAGUGGGCAUCUAAAUUCUGAGAGAGAUGACGGAUUAGAUGAAGAGGAAGACACAUGUGCAGCUUCGUUUAGUAAGAGGAAUAAAAGGGGAAGAGAUAGUGGAAAGGCUAACAAUUCACGGAAGAAGCAAAAGACUGAGCGAGCACACACUCUACAUGUGAAGGGAAAAUCAGUGUUUAGUCCUGACAGACGUUCUGGCAAUUCAAAUUCAGGGCCGACAUUGGUUGUUUGUCCACCAGCUGUAUUCUCAUCAUGGACCUCACAGAUUGAGGAGCACACAAAAUCAGGUUCGCUGAAGUCAUAUCUUUAUUAUGGAGAGCGGACAGGAGAUGCCAGUGAGCUGGAAAAGUAUGACAUAGUUUUAACUACUUAUAGUAUUCUAGCUAAUGAAGACACAUGGAUAGAUUCUCCUGUCAAAAAGAUAGAAUGGUGGCGAGUAAUCUUGGAUGAGGCACAUGUCAUUAAGAAUGUGAAUGCUCAGCAAAGUCGAGCAGUUAACAACUUGAAAGCUAAUCGAAGGUGGCUGGUAACAGGAACACCAAUACAAAAUAACUCAUUCGAUUUGUAUUCUUUGAUGGCAUUUUUGAGAUUUGAGCCUCUGUCUAUUAAAGCCUACUGGAACAGUUUGAUACAACGUCCACUUGCCCAGGGAGAUGAGAAGGGGGUGUCGAGGCUGCAGGUCCUAAUGUCAACCAUGUCUUUGAGAAGGACCAAAGAAAAGGCUCUAACUGGUUUGCCAUCAAAAUCUAUUGAGACUUUUUUUGUGGAGCUUUCUGGAGAAGAAAGGGAAAUUUAUGAUCAGAUGGAAUCAGAAGCUAAGAAGAUUGUCAAUCAAUACAUCUCUUCUGAUAGUUCAAUGAAAAAAUACUGGACUGUGCUGAGUGUUAUUGUACGACUUCGACAGAUCUGUAUAGAUUUAGCCUUGUGUCCUUCAGACCUGAGAUCUUUACUGCCAUCAAAUAAAAUUGGAGAUGUGCAGAGCAAUCCACAGUUGUUGGACAAAAUGCUGUCAGCAUUGCAAGAUGACGAGGGAAUUGAUUGUCCAAUCUGCAUUUUUCCACCUACCAAUAGUGUCAUUACUUGUUGUGGGCAUAUAUUUUGCAAGUCAUGCAUUUUGAAGACCAUAAAACGCGCCAAUCCUUGCUGCCCACUUUGCCGUCAUCCUCUGUCAGAGUCCGACCUAUUCUUCUGCCCACCUGAAGCAUCUAAUGCAGCAAAUAGUGGAAGUUCAUCCACUGCAUCAUCCAAAGUGAAUGCACUCCUAAAACUUCUUGUUGCAUCAAGAGAUGAAAGCCCUAGCAGAAAAUCAAUUGUCUUCUCUCAAUUCAGGAAGAUGUUGCUCCUACUUGAGGAGCCGCUUAAAGUAGCUGGGUUUAAGAUAUUGCGCUUAGACGGGUCAAUGAAUGCAAAAAAGAGAUGCCAAGUCAUUAAGGAGUUUGAAAUCCCAGCUCCCAAGGGGCCUACCAUCUUGCUUGCAAGUCUAAAAGCUUCAGGUGCUGGAAUAAAUCUUACAGCUGCUACUAGAGUCUAUCUAAUAGAACCUUGGUGGAAUCCAGCAGUUGAGGAGCAAGCUAUGGACCGAGUCCAUAGAAUUGGACAGAAGGAAGAUGUGAAGAUUGUGAGGAUGAUUGCACGAAGCACCAUUGAAGAGAGGAUACUGGAACUGCAAGAAACGAAGAAACUGCUGGCGAGGAAGGCUUUCGGGAAGAAGAAGAGCUCGCAAGAUCAAAGGGAUAUUAGUGUUGAUGACCUUCGUACCUUGAUGCACUUGUGAUGUCAUUCUUAUUUCUUUAUUGAUGAUCCGUAGAUGGAUGUAUAUGUUUUUGUAAAUGCUUAAUGUACUAUCCAUCUGAUCUUUUUGGUCAGAAAUGCAUGCCUAUACAGUUACUGCAAUCUUCACUGCUUUGAAUUAUUUUGCUCAACUUUCUAUGAAAAUGGAAAUAGUGCUUUGAACU